CAUAAAUAAAAACUUAGGCGCUUUGGAGGACGUUUUUAAACGAUAGUUGGGUUUGUCGGCCUGACUGACUCAGUCACCUAUAGACUUCUGUGACAGUGACAGAUGGCGUUACCCGUCAUUACCCAUGUGUGUCAUAAUAUAACAUCAUCUAAAAUCUGUUUUGAUUUCAUCAAUUUAAUAGAAAACUAUUGCUUUUUCAGUCGUUUCGUAAUGCCUGAAGAUAUUUUAUGUGGUUAAUUGUCUAGGAUUGUUAAAUAAUAGUCUUAAGGUCCAAACAGAACAUUUAAAAAUGAAUGAUACACAUCAUUCCCUAAGUUUUUCAUUGAUAAGUGGAGAACUAUGUAAUUUACUUUAUUUAAAAGAAUAUAACAAAGAAGUUGUGAAUAAACUGAUAGACGACUUGAAUGCAAAACCUUAUAAAGCGGAGAUUUUUGUGAGAAAACAUGAUGCUGCGACUGUAAUAACAGCGCUUUGCUUAAAUGUGAAGCCAGUCGAUGAAUUUUUAGCUGCCAAAACAUCUCAUUUAAUAAAUAGUUUAAUAACAAAACAAAAUCUAGAAUUUGAAGCUGAUUAUCUCUGGAAAGUCAUAUCCUGGCAUAUAGAGUGCUUGAGACAUUGCACUGACAUUGUGUUGCCGGAUAUCCUCCAUAGUUUGCAAUGUAUCAUAGAACUCAAUCCUCAAGCAACUCAUAUGUUCACUGAAGACCUGAUUGGUUUCCAAGGAGUUUUGAUCAGAUUCAUAGACCUCUCCAGACAUGUUCCAAAAUCUCAAGAUAGUUUACAAAUACAUUUAAUGGCUCUGAAAUGUAUCUCAAGUGUUUUGACUACUGUGGAUGAUAUAUAUAAAACUGAGACUGAAAAAAAUAUAUCUUUGAAAAUAAAAGAACAAAUAUCAUCUAUGGUUGUUAAGUUUUUAAUGGCUGGAUAUUCUAAGACGCAAGAUGAAUACUUAUAUUGUAAGAUACUAAUAGUAGCCUUAAGAGUAUUAUCUCAGAUAUACUUCAAUGCUCCAAAUAUAAGCAUACAGCUGCCAGAGGUGAUGGGAAUCUGUAGGUACUGCAUAAUCUACGGGCUGGUAGUUCAGAACAACCGGCCUGAGAAGAUCAUGCCUGCUCAGCAGACCAUUGCCAUGGCACCUGUCGUACCUAAACCUAACUCUAAAGGUGGAAAGAAACAAAAAAUAAGGAAGCAAAGAAACAAUGCAAUAGAAAGUUUGAAGAAAGAGAUUCCAGUAUCGGACCGCAGCCUUAUGAAGGAUGUUGACAACUUUGAAAAUAAUUCUGCAUACAAGCCUGCCACCCUGCUUUAUUUGGAGCCACAGAAAGCAAAGACUUACUGGGCACUGACCAGUGACUCUGAAAUGUCAGACGUCGAGAAUAGUAAAGAAGUUAAACUGAUUGCCUUGAAGUCUAGAGUGAGACAGAGUGCUUCUAAUCUCCUAUUGGUUUUGGUUAAAGUAACAGAAAAACGAGAAAUAUUUGGUUACUGGUGGGCCCUACUACCUGACUCUCCGGAUGCUGCUAACUGGUCUGCAGGGGAAGCCGCUAAGAAGACGUUAGCAUACUGCGCCGUCACUGACCCUAUUGCCAAUAGUCGAGCGAGUAUACUCAGUGUUAUUUUGGCACUCCUUUCUCGAUCCAGGGUGUAUUUGUUUCAAGCUGAAACUAGCAAAAAAGGAAGUUCAUCCUUCAUUCCUUUUUCUGAGUCUCUGGGCUAUAUGAUAGUUUGUUUGCACAAGGUUCUAACCACUAUCUUAGAGAAUGAAAGAAAUCGUGCCGCGACCAUUGUCGCUCUCAAGUGCUGUGCAGCCCUUGUGCAGGCGACACCCUACCAUAAAAUGAAGGAAGGCCUUAUUACCCAGCUUGUUUUAGCUACGAGGAAAUUUUUAGUGCAUAAAGAUACAACUUUACAAGUAGGUGCCUUAAUAACAAUGGGUUGUGUUCUAUCCGUGGAUCCAAAAGUCGAUGAAGUAUUAAAAGCAAUAGGGAAAGAUACAGUGCCUUCUAAAAUAUCUACUUCAAUGAGUUCUACUAAAAUUACAUUUACUCCGCAUAAAGUUGAUGCAGAAGAAUGUGAUGACUUUGAAGAAGGGUAUUCCGAUGAUGAAAUGUUUACUGCUGAGCCAGUUAUUGAGACUGGGGAUGAUGUAGAAGGGCAUUACUUUAGAAGUUGGAUACUCGAUAUUUGCUGCAAGAAUAUGGGCUGGGUGGUCAGAGGGAAAGAUAAUGUGAGAAUAAAACCGUCACUCAUCCCCGUGAUACUGGAGUCGUUACAAGUGCUAUCAGCGGCAGCGUUCCAUUAUUUAGAAGAACUACUGGACGGACACAUCACGCUGCUUGGCGACAUCCUCAGCGACCUGCUGCAGCAUGAGCACCAGGACGUGGUGGUACAGACUGCUAAAGCUAUCAGUAUUAUCGGGGAUGGAAUACAGAAACUAGAACUAGCCAACAAACCACCUCCUCUGAGUCAUUGUAUCUACAUGUGGGAGAAGCUAGUGACACCGCUAUCUACAGUACUUCAGUGCCACGACAUGAGCCCGGCUAAAGCAGUAGUAUGCGACUGUAUCGCCAAUAUUGGGGAGAGAACGUUCAAAGAAUUACCUCGUCAUCUGCAAGUGCUAUGCUGCACGCUUCUGAUCGGUUCGUGCAGUGACGAGGAGCCGACGGUUCGCGCCGCCGCCGUGCGUGCGUUGGCUAUGCUCGUCAUGUACAGAACUCUUCGAGAAGAUAUUUGCUUCGUGAGUGACUGCGGUGAGAAUGUACUGCGUGCACUGGCGGAGCCGACCAUGGUUGUUAGGAUCAAGGGAGCUUGGGCGCUGGGUAAUCUUUGCGAUGCUCUCGUUUUAAACUUGGAGGAUCCGGAAUGUGACGACAUAGACGACAACCUCCUGAUUCGCCUACUCGACGCUAGCAUACAAUGCGCAACGGACAACGAUAAGAUAAAAAUGAGUGCGACACGUGGCCUUGGAAAUCUACUGCGUUUGGUAAAGAACGAGAAUCUAGUCAGGAACACGAAAUUAAAGACCCUAUGUGAGAUAGCAAUAGGGAAGCUAAUGGAUUGCGCGUGUAAAGUGAACAAUAUGAAAGUGCGAUGGAACGCGUGCUACGCUAUAGGGAAUGCGAUGAAGAACGAACAGCUGUUCACUUGUUUCAGUGGGUGGCAGAACCAAGUCUUCUCCAGCCUGUGUUCUUUGACCAAGGAGUGUAAAAACCUAAAAGUACGUAUAAAUGCUGCGGCGGCACUACGCGCGCCGAGUGCGCGUGUGCACUACGCCGACCACUACGCACUCGUUUGGCGGGACGUAUUAGCUGCUAUGGAGAACGCCGCUGACGUAGAUGACUUCAAUGAAUACAAACACAAAGAUAAUUUAAUUGAACAGCUAUGCGUAACUCUAGCCCACCUAUGCUGCCUACUAACACAGGCUGACUUGGCAGACAUAUUGGAUCCUCUAGUCUUCCACUAUGACAGCGCUAAGGCUACGUUCACACAAGCCUGUCAUAAGCUACCUCCAGAGAACGCAUCCUGUUUGAAAAUACUUCAAGCGGCGAAGUACGUAACUGUUGACCUAACUGCCUCUAACGACACGCAGAUGCAAGCCUUAAGUAUGUUACAGGACAUUUUUAUAUGGGACAUGUAAUAUAUGAAAGGGUCUUUAUUGUGUGUGUAAUAAGAGCGAUUUUUGUAGUUCGUAUGCGAGGCUGAUGUUUUUAGAGUGUAUUAUAUGGAGUAUCGUCUAUUAAGAGUGGUCAAUGGUAAGGGAAUUUCUAAUUAUUCUUCCUUUUCAUUAUGCCUAAUGCAUCCAUAGGUACACACUGUUAUCAAUUACUUAAUUUAAGUAACAUAUGUUUUUAAUUUUUAUAUAAUACUAAACUUGUAUUUAAAAAUCGGAGGUGAUAAAUGCUGAUAUUGGUUGAAGAUCUCACUCAUUUUUAUAACUGGCAACACUUCAAUCUUAACAUGUGUUGCUAGUAAUUUAAAGUUUUUAAAACGUGAUCAAUGAUACUUCAUAAUGAUUAAACGUUAUUUUAAGAUAUGCACAGCAAUCUAUAUUUAAAUAUGUCACAAUUCUAGAGUAACACAAAGUUUUAUAUUAUAAAAUGAUAACAUGAAUUUGAGUUUAAUUUUAGUAACAUUUGUGUCUGUUAUCCGUUUAUAGUGAAGAAUUGAUGGUUAAAAUAAAUGUAUUAUAGCAAAUAACACUUUGUAGUUAAUAUUGCCAAUUAGAGUUUAAUUUAAUUGAAUUUAUUUGUUGCCUUCUAUAAGUCACUCACCGUGACGUAGCACUUAAACUAAAUCCUUGUACUGUGAUAGUUAGGUUGGUGAAAACCAAUAUGACGCUAACGUCAUAUUGGUUUAGACACCUAAGUGUCUAUCUUAGCUUAGGGCAUUCUUUGUUCAGGAAAUGUUGGUAAAAAGGGCCUUAGCUCCCAUUAUUUCGGACCACCACAGAUGAGGCCCAGUAGGGUUGAUGCCGAAUCGAAGCCGCGGAGGACUUAACGGGUUGUUGAGGCUCC